AUGUUUUCGGGCCAAUGGCUAGAAUCGGGCGGCAAACCAAUUGAGAUCCGGGACACCACUCCGGAGGCGUUCAAAGUUAUGAUCGGUUUCAUAUAUACCGAGCAAUUGAUGCUUAAAGAUAAUGACAAACCCAUCGAUCACAUCAGGGAUGUACUGAAACUCGCCGAUAGAUAUCAAUUGAAACGAUUGAUACAAAGUUUGGGCCAACCAUUGAUAUCAUUGAUAAGUAUGGAUAAACUCGAAGUGUUGGGACAAUUGGCGUUUACCUAUCAAUUGGACGAUCUGAUUGCUAAACUAAAUAUAUUUAUUGAUGAAAAUUUCCAGCAAUUGAUCCAAAAACCAGAAUCUGUCAAUGAAAACUAUGAUACCAUCGACUAA